AUGAGUGUGGAAGAAAUUAAGAAAGCUAGAUCAGCUGUUGAAUUCAACAGAGAACAACUAGAAAGUGUUCUAAGAGGCAGAUUUUUUUAUGCUCCUGCAUUUGACCUAUAUGGUGGUGUCUCUGGUUUAUAUGAUUAUGGUCCACCCGGCUGUGCUUUCCAAGCCAAUGUCGUUGAUGUUUGGAGAAAACAUUUUAUCUUGGAAGAAGAUAUGUUGGAAGUUGACUGUACUAUGUUAACUCCAUACGAAGUUUUGAAGACAUCUGGUCAUGUUGACAAGUUUUCCGACUGGAUGUGUAGAGAUUUAAAGACUGGUGAAAUUUUCAGAGCCGAUCAUUUAGUUGAAGAAGUCUUAGAAGCUCGUCUAAAAGGUGAUAAGGAAGCUAGAGGUUUAAGUACCAACAACGAUGCCGAAGAAAGUGCUGAUAAAAAAAAGAGAAAGAAGAAGGUCAAGCAAAUCAAAGUUGUCAAAUUAGAGGAUGAUGUCGUCAAGGAAUACGAAACUGUCUUAGCUAAGAUUGAUGGUUAUUCCGGUGAAGAAUUAGGGGAAUUGAUGAAGAAAUAUGACAUUGGUAACCCAGCUACUGGUGAGCCAUUAGAACCACCAAAGGCUUUCAAUUUAAUGUUUGAAACCGCCAUUGGUCCAUCUGGUCAAUUAAAAGGUUACUUAAGACCUGAAACUGCGCAAGGCCAAUUCUUGAAUUUCAACAAAUUAUUAGAAUUUAAUAACAGUAAGACUCCAUUUGCAUCUGCUUCCAUUGGUAAAUCUUUCAGAAAUGAAAUUUCUCCAAGAGCUGGUUUAUUAAGAGUUCGUGAAUUCUUAAUGGCCGAAAUUGAACAUUUUGUUGACCCAUUAGAUAAAUCUCAUCCAAAAUUCGAAGAUGUCAAACACAUUGAAUUGUCAUUCUUACCACGUGAUGUCCAAGAAGCUGGUUCUACUGAACCAAUUGUCAAGACCAUCGGUGAUGCUGUUGCUAGCAAAAUGGUCGACAAUGAAACCUUAGGUUAUUUCAUUGCCAGAAUCUACCAAUUCUUAGUCAAAAUUGGUGUUGAUGCAUCAAAAAUGAGAUUCCGUCAACAUAUGUCUAACGAAAUGGCCCAUUAUGCUGCUGAUUGUUGGGAUGCUGAAUUGAAGACUUCUUACGGUUGGAUUGAAUGUGUUGGUUGUGCUGAUAGAUCCGCCUUUGACUUAACAGUCCACUCCAACAAGACUAAGGAAAAAUUAGUUGUCAGACAAAAAUUAGAUACCCCAAUUGAAGUAACCAAGUUUGAAAUCGACUUGACUAAGAAACUGUUUGGUCCAAAAUUCAGAAAGGAUGCUCCAAAGGUUGAAUCAUACUUAUUAAACUUAUCUCAAGAAGAAUUGAAGGCCAAGUCUGAAGAGCUAGAAAAGAACCAAAAGAUUGUUUUCAAGAUUGAUGCUAUUGAAGGUGAUGUCGAAUUAGAUGACAAAUUCGUCAAGAUUGAAGAAAGAACCAAGGUCGAACACGUUAGAGAGUUCGUUCCAAAUGUCAUCGAACCAUCCUUUGGUAUUGGUCGUAUCAUCUAUGCUGUCUUUGAACACUCCUUCUGGAAUAGACCAGAGGACGUUGCAAGAGGUGUUUUAUCUUUCCCACCAUUAGUUGCUCCAAGCAAGGUCUUAUUAGUUCCAUUAUCUAACCACAAGGAUUUACAACCAAUUACAAAGGAAGUCUCCAAGAUCUUGAGAAAGGCUCAAAUCCCAUUCAAGGUCGAUGAUUCUGGUGUUUCUAUCGGUAAGAGAUACUCUCGUAACGAUGAACUAGGUACACCUUUCGGUAUUACUAUUGAUUUUGAAUCUGUUAAUGAUAAUUCUGUCACUUUGAGAGAAAGAGAUUCUACAAAGCAAGUCAGAGGUUCUGUUGAAGAUAUCAUCAACGCUAUCCGUGAAAUCACUUACAAUGGUGUUAGCUGGGAUGAAGGUACCAAGAACUUAGAACCAUUUGUCUCUCAAUAA